AUGGCGAGCUCAGCCGCUCCCGCGGUGCGACAGCCCAGGCCCAAAAAAGAGCCGCAGGCGCUCGUCAUCCCCAAGACGGCGGCGGAGGAGCAAAAGCUCAAACUGGAACGGCUCAUGAAGAACCCGGACAAAUCUGUUCCAAUUCCAGAAAAGAUGAAUGAAUGGGCACCUCGACCUCCCCCAGAAUUUGUCAGAGAUGUUAUGGGUUCAAGUGCUGGGGCCGGCAGCGGGGAGUUCCACGUGUACAGGCACCUGCGUCGCCGAGAAUACCAGCGACAGGACUACAUGGAUGCCAUGGCUGAGAAGCAAAAACUGGAUGCGGAGUUUCAGAAGAGACUGGAAAGGAACAAAAUCGCUGCAGAGGAGCAGACUGCGAAGCGCCGGAAGAAGCGCCAGAAGUUAAAAGAGAAGAAGUUAUUGGCAAAGAAGAUGAAACUUGAACAGAAGGAACAUAAAGAAGGAAGCCGUCGGGGCCAGGAGCAGCCAUCCAGCAGCUCUGAGGAGGUGUCUGGAACAGAGGAAGAAGAGGACGAGCCCAGCGUCAUCCUGAGGCGAUGA